AGGAAAGACUAUGGAGGACCUUAAGUCACUGUUUCACCGCACAGAACCAUCCACAAGCUCCACUGAAUCAAUACUACGUGCCGUAGGUGAUUUGUUGGACAAGACCACAAACCCCUCUGAUGGUGGACACCACGUUCGUCUACGCAUGUUCUCAGGAGCCUUACCUACUCCAACAGGUGAAGAACCCUUCGACCAUUGGUUAGAACAAGCAUGUAUUAUGGUAGAGGAAACUGACUGUUCAGACAAAGAGAAAAGAAGAAGAAUAAUGGCAAGCUUGAAAGGGCCAGCCCUUGGAAUAGUGAAAGCAGUGCGACAUGCCAGCCCUGACGCCACCCCAAAAGAGUGCUUGGACGCUCUCGAAAGUGCUUUUGGAAGUGCAGAGUCCGGUGAUGACCUCUAUUUUGCAUUCCGUCUGAUGCAACAGCAACCAGGGGAGAAACUAUCUGAUUUCCUCAGACGCCUAGAACGGUCUCUGGCGAAGGUGAUACAGAGAGGUGGCCUGCCUGCUAGCAGCAUGGAUAGAGUCAGACUGGAGCAACUGCUGAGGGGCGCUACUGUCUCAGACCUGAUGCUGAUCCAGCUACGCUUGCGUGAAAGGAAGAGCGCACCGCCCAACUUUUUACAGCUCUUGAGUGAGAUUCGUACUGAAGAGGGAUAUGAAGCGUCUAGGAAGAAGCUCAGUGCCUCAGUACGCCAAGUAUACGCCGACCCUGAAGUGGAUGGGAAACAAGCGGAGAUCCAGAACUUAAAAGCUGAACUAAAGGAGCUAAAGUCAAUGGUUGCAUCAGUUGUAACUAAACAAUCUCGCUCCAAGGAUGACCACUCAGAGUUAACGCACUCAAGUAUGCCACCUAGCCCAGAGAACCGGCAUGACCCGGAACUGGCUGCUUUGAAAAAAGAACUGAAACGAAUGAAACAGAAAGUCAAGAAUAAAGUGACUGAGCCAGACGCUGCAGUUUCGGUUUCGACCAUGGAGGCUACCAAACAGGUUCACAACUCUCCCAAAAGAGUACCCAAAGGUGAGAAUUUCUGCUACCGAUGUGGCGAAAAUGGACAUUUUGCUACAAAGUGUGGGAACACUGAGAAUCAACCCAAGUGUCUGGUCUAG